AUGCUGACAUUUAUCAUUACUAUCAGCCUAGGUGCAUGCCUUUGUCUACUCGCUUUCCUUCCUACACCCGCUCGUGCUGCAAUAUACGAAAAUAUUUCAGAGCUCCCUGGUCGGCGAUUUGAUUUUGUCGUCGUCGGAGGUGGCACGGCGGGAAACGUUGUCGCGAACCGUCUGACAGAAGAUCCCCGCUUCUCCGUUCUAGUGCUAGAGGCAGGGCCCUCCAAUGUCGGCGUGCUGGACUCCGAAGUCCCAGGAUUCUACGGUAAUCUCUUCUCCCCCGGUCCAUACAACUGGAACUACACCACCGUCCCGCAAGAAGGGCUGAACGGGAAGUCCAUGGGCUAUAUCAGAGGCUUCAUGCUUGGAGGGACAAGUUCGCUCAACGCAAUGUUCUACACCAGAGGGCCUGCGGAUGAUUUCGACAAGUUCGCGAAGGUAACAGGCGACCAGGGAUGGUCGUGGAACAAUGUCCAACCAUUCAUUCGAAAGAACGAACGUUGGACCGAGCCUACCGACCAUCAUAAAACCCGAACCCAAUUUGACCCCCGUUUCCACAGCUUCACUGGAAUAAACGCCGUCAGCCUUAGCGGCUUCCCCCACUCAUAUAACGACCGCGUUAUCCAGACCACCAAAGAGCUCCCAGGGGAAUUCCCUUUCAAUUUGGAUUAUAAUUCAGGCAACCCGCUUGGUGUGGGCUGGUUGCAGGCGACGAUUAAGAGCGGAGUACGCAGUUCGUCGGCGACUUCGUAUUUGGCACCGAAAUAUGUGAAGAGGAAAAAUCUACAUGUGCUUGUUAAUGCGCGCGUCACCCGCGUUCGGGAGGGCAAGCACUCGAAGGUGUUUGAUACCGUUGAGUUUAUGUCACAAUCGGGCAAUGGACCAGCAGUCAGUGUCACUGCUUCCAAAGAGAUCAUCCUUUCAGCGGGAGUAUUCGGAACGCCCCAACUCCUCAUGCUCUCUGGCAUCGGCGACACAAAUGAACUUCACGCACUUGGCAUAAGGACCACCCACCACAUCCCAAGCGUCGGGAAGAACAUGUCAGAUCAUCCAGGACUCUUCAGCUCCUGGUCGGUCAACGCAACGAAGUCAACCGACGAGGACUUGCUCCGCAAUGCGACACUCUUCGCAAAGGCCUUCAAGCAGUGGAACCGCACGCACUCUGGGAUCCUGGGAGAUCCUACUGUGACUCAUCUGGGUUGGUUUCGCUUGCCUAACGAUUCGUCUAUAUUCUCUGAAGUGAGUGAUCCGGCAUCUGGGUCGACUGCGCCCCAUGUCGAGAUGAUGUUCAUGAAUGGAAUGCGCCCACCGUUGCCCAUGGGUAACUUUCUCAGUAUCGGACUGGCGGUAGUCACACCAACCAGCCGAGGAUGGUUGCGACUGAAUUCCACGAAUCCAUUUAAUCAGCCACUCAUCAACCCCGGCUUUUUUACCUCCGAUUUCGAUGUUUUCGCGAUGCGUUCCGUCGUCAAAAUGGCCAAACGAUUUGUUGGGGCCGCGGCGUGGUCGGGUUGGGUUACUGGACCCGCUGGCGACCUCGCACAGGCAAAUUCGGACGAGGAGAUCGACGAGUACGUACGAAGGAACUCGGGGUCGACAUGCCACGCUGUGGGCACUGCGGCAAUGUCUGCCGUUGAUGCGCCGUUUGGUGUCGUGAACCCCGAUUUACGUGUUAAAGGAGUCAAGGGCCUUCGCGUUGUCGAUGCCUCCGUCUUUCCUUUUAUACCUGCGGCCCAUCCCCAAGUCCCUAUUUACAUCGUAGCCGAGCGGGCGUCCGACUUAAUAAAGGACAUCUGGGCUUGA